AUGGCAACGAUCCUAAGACCAGUCUUCAUCUACGGUACUCUAUGUGCGAAGCCUCUUCUUGCCUGGGCUUUGACCGGCGACGCCACCAAGACCGCCCUCCUCCGUCCGGCCAAAGUGGAAAACAUUGCCCGCUAUGCACUUCACGGCCUCGAUUACCCGGCCGCUAUAAGAGAACCCGGCUCAUGCACGGACGGAUAUCUCUUGCAACCAAAAACCUGCUCACAGCGGACGAAGCUCGACGACUUUGAAGGCAAGGUUUACCAAGCCGAGACGGUCCAGGCCAGGCUGUUAAGCGACGAGAGUGGAACCGCGGAGGGUUUGAUUGAAGCAGACAUAUACCUAUGGAAUGGUGAUAAAGACCUGGUUUCAGAUAAAUCCUGGGACCUGGACUGGUUUGUCCGGGAGAGACUAGAGGACUGGAUAGGCCUCUUCGAGGGAAUGGAGUUGCUUGGAGAUGAUGACGGUUGA